UUCAUUUUCUUGUUGUGUGUCUUUCUCUCUAUCGCUCUAUAUAUGCUUCACUUGUAACAUUCCUACAACUGUAGCCAAAAAGACCAUUCCUUUGUUGCUCUGAUGAAUGAGAUAAUCUCUUAUUAGCUUCUUCUUGGUUCUGUAAUAAGAUUAGAGAGAAAAAAUGGGAAGAUCACCAUGCUGUGACAAGAUGGGUUUGAAGAAAGGACCAUGGACAUCAGAAGAAGAUGAGAAACUUUUGGCUUAUAUUGAAGAACAUGGACAUGGAAGUUGGCGUUCACUGCCUGAGAAAGCUGGUCUCCAGCGAUGUGGCAAAAGUUGCAGACUCAGAUGGACAAACUACCUAAGACCAGACAUCAAAAGAGGCAAAUUCAACUUGCAAGAAGAACAAACCAUUAUUCAACUCCACGCUCUCUUAGGAAACAGGUGGUCAGCUAUAGCAACUCAUUUGCCAAAGAGAACAGACAACGAGAUCAAAAACUAUUGGAACACACACUUGAAGAAACGGUUAGUGAAAAUGGGAAUAGACCCAAUAACUCAUAAACCCAAAAACGAGACUCCUCUGUCUUCUUCUCUCGGUGGUUUAUCAAAGAACGCAGCAACACUAAGCCACAUGGCUCAAUGGGAAAGUGCUCGUCUUGAAGCUGAAGCAAGGCUAGCUAGAGAAUCAAAGCUUCUUCAUUACCAAACCAAUCAUCUAAACAUCAUCUCAUCAUCUUCAGUAGGAAAUGAAGAAUCUCCGACAUCUACAGUUUCAUUCUCUGAGAUGAAGGAAUUGUCGAAUGCGAAGACAGAGUUUGUCGGAUCAUCAUCAUCAUUAACGUGUCUGAAUAUCAUCAAAGAAGAUGAAAACGAUUGGAUCAGUUCGACGAUUAACGAGUUCCAUGGAGUUGAGGAAGAAGGGCUCACGGGUCUCUUGCUAGGUGGUGAUUCGCUAAGUCGGAGUUUCUCCGCCGAUAAAAACGAGACCGCUGGCGAGAGCUAUUUGGACAGCAUUUUCAGCUUUGUUGAUCCUUCGCCGUCAGAUUCAACUCCUCUGUUCUGAUAUCAAAGGGUUGAUAUCUCUCUCUCGG